GUCUCCUCUUGUACGUCGAACGGGGCGGACGGUUUGCGGCUCCUAUAGUAGGUGUUUUUAACAUUCUCAAAUUCUGUGAUACAUCAAUAAUAGUGCUUGUGGAUUAGUGUAAUGUGGCAAAAAUUGCAAAUUUAAAUGUGACGGAAGAAGUUUUUACACGAUACCGCGUCGGUGCCGUUACGUCGCGCUUCGGCGAUUCAGUUAAUAACUUGUGGAUCUACAGUGACUGUGUAAUAGUGGUUUUGCUAAGAUUUAAUAUCGUGGAAAGGUCACUUACCUUGAUCGAUUUAUAUCAAAGUUAUGGAACUCAUAGAUAAAUGUAGUGUAUUGUGAUAUCAAGUGAUAAAAGUGAUAACAAUUGAGCGAAUGGGCCUUUUAAUACAUUAAGUGAAUAUUAUUUUUUUUAUAUUAUAAUGGUUACAAUCUAAAAUGGAGAGAAAAUUGACUCGUGAGGACUUCAUGCGGAAAAGUUUCCGCGCACCUCGGGUGUCGCCAGCUCCUGACUCGCCAACUGCGACUGUGAACGGUGCGCCGCCACCUUCCCCCGUGUCCUUAGCGAUGUUGGAACGAACUUCCCAAACACCACGUACUGAGUACGAACUGACGUCUUCGGGCAUUGCUCCUAAACGCUUAGAACUAAACAGAGCUCACCCGAUACAUCUGAAAUCGUUCCAAGCGACCGAUCCACCCGAGGACAACGGUCCGACUCCUCCUUCAGACGAUGUUUUACGCAAGUUGGAAAGGCAAAUCGGUGAAAUGGAACGUGGCCUUGAAAGAGCUCAGAAUGGUACCGUUCAAGUCGACGAGCGAGUGAGGUACGCGGAACACGAAAAUCUUUUACGCACUGGAGUAUCUUCAGUGGGCGGUGGGGGCUACUUGCCAGCAGACUCAGAUACGGAACACGAUGUGGUACCGUUUAAUAGAAACGAAAGUACAAGAAGUAGCACGGGAGCCGCAGCUCCAGCUGCUAGGCCAUCUACUCGAUUAUCCCGAACGAACUCCGACACGCAGCAGCACACGGUCGCUGUCACCGCUCGUUUGAUGAGGAAGCUUGCGGAUGGGGGUACCAAGGACGAGAAGACCAAAGUGAUAUCGAGGAAAGCGAUACAAGCUAGGAUGGAGAGGGUAAAGAACUCCGUGGUUGGAACGAAGCACGAGCACAGAGUGUUGGCAGAACACAGAGCGGAACCUGUGUCACCAAAGAGCCCCACGUCGCCUGUCUCGACGCGCUCUUCAGUACAGAGCGCGUCGGAGACUUCGGCGGGUGCGGGUGGCGGUGGCUCGUCCGGCGGCAGCGCCAGGGUCUCCUCGAGAUCUAGGGCGUCUGAGGAGCCGCAUAUUGGCAAGUACAAACUCCUGAAAACGAUCGGAAAGGGUAACUUCGCGAAGGUGAAGUUGGCGAAACAUGUGCCGACCGGUAAGGAGGUCGCGAUCAAGAUCAUUGACAAGACGCAACUCAACCCAGGAUCCUUGCAGAAACUGUUCAGAGAGGUUCGUAUAAUGAAGAUGUUGGACCACCCGAACAUUGUGAAGCUGUUCCAAGUGAUCGAGACGGAGAAGACUUUGUAUCUCGUCAUGGAAUACGCGUCUGGUGGCGAGGUGUUCGACUAUCUGGUGCUACACGGUCGCAUGAAGGAGAAGGAGGCUCGUGCCAAGUUCCGACAAAUAGUAUCAGCUGUUCAGUACUGCCAUCAGAAACGGAUCAUACACAGAGAUCUCAAGGCUGAAAAUCUCCUGCUGGACGGCGAAAUGAACAUCAAAAUAGCGGAUUUUGGAUUCUCAAACGAAUUCACUCCUGGUGCAAAGUUGGAUACUUUCUGUGGGUCACCGCCUUACGCUGCGCCUGAAUUGUUUCAAGGCAAGAAAUACGACGGACCGGAAGUGGACGUGUGGUCGUUGGGUGUGAUCCUGUAUACUUUAGUAUCCGGGUCUCUGCCCUUCGACGGAUCGACGCUACGGGAGCUGAGAGAAAGAGUGCUACGUGGGAAAUAUAGAAUACCGUUCUACAUGUCGACCGACUGCGAACAUCUCCUCAAGAAGUUCCUGGUGCUGAACCCGGCGAAGCGAGCCUCGCUCGAGAGCAUCAUGCGGGACAAGUGGAUGAACAUGGGCUACGAGGACGACGAACUUCGACCCUACGUCGAGCCGCAGCAGGACUUCAAGGACCACAAGCGGAUAGCGCAAGUUGAGGCGCUCGUGUGCCUUGGAUAUAAUCGACAAGAGAUCGAGUACUCGCUGGCCGAGGCGAAGUACGACGACGUGUUCGCGACCUACCUGCUGCUCGGCAGGAAGAGCACCGACCCGGAGUCGGACGGCAGCCGGUCCGGCUCGUCGCUGUCGCUGCGCAACGCCGCCGCGCCCGGACAGCCGCCCGCCGCGCAGCCCGCCAACGCGCACGCCGGCGCGUCGCCGUCGCACCGCGGCGUGCAGCGCAGCAUCUCGGCCAGCGCGCGCCCCGCCGCGUGCCGCCGCGCCUCCUCCGGCGCAGAGGUGCUGCGCGCGCAAGUGGGUACGACAACUAGCGCUGCGAAUAAUACGACGUCAACGUCAACAACCACAACGUCCAAUUUCAAAAGACAGAACACAAUCGACUCGGCCUCCAUUAAGGAAAAUACGGCGCGGAUCGCACAGAUGCAGGUACAAAAUACAACGCGACCGACGAGCGCUCAACCGAAAUUAGAGCCCCGAUCUCGUACACUGACUAGCGGUGCACGAAGGACCGAAGCGCACCAGACUCCGCACCAAACUCCGCACCAGGCGGCGCACCAGACGGCGCACCAGGCGGCGCCGAAGCUGUCGCCGCCUCACGACACGCCGAGCCUGAACGCGUCGCUGUCGGCGGCGGGCGGCGCGGGCGCGGCGGGCGCGCGCCGGGACUUCCCCAACCCCUCCAUCGUGUUCCCGCGGAACGUGCCCUCGCGCUCCACCUUCCACUCAGGUCAAACGCGGUCGCGCGGCGGCAGUGCGGGCGGCGCGUACGGCGACAGCGGCUCCCCCCACCAGCCGCGGACGUCCUUCUUCUCCAAACUCUCCUCGCGCUUCUCCAAGCGGUUGAAUCAAAAUCCAUGAGGCUCCGCUGACGUCCGUGAAACGGAGAAGAUUAUUUUUUAUUAUAUAAUAAGCUAAUCUAUAGAGAAAUAUGUGCAAAAUUGUUAUGCUUAAUUUAUGAGUUCUGUAUGAGGUUUUAUAUAAUCCAUGGAUUGAUUUAUUUCACUCAGCGUAUUGCGUCGUCACAUCUACGACAGAGACACAUCUCAGCCCAGUGUGUAUGAAAUAUUUUUAAAAGCAAUAAUAUCUUUAAAUUAAAAUAAAUAGCAUUAUUUCUUCGCAACAAUAAAUGUACAUUUGGGAACAUUUCCAUGAUCGCGUCAAUGAUGUAAACUGUAUUUGUGUACGCUGAGUGAAUAGAUUGAUAAUUAUAUUGUUUGCGAAUGUGUUAACAGUUGUCUUUAUUCGCUACGUUAGGUAUUGUAGGGUGUCUUUAACGACCUAUUCGAGUUUGGCUUAUCGUAUUAAUGUUUGUUUUUAUAUCGCGGCGACAUUUCCGAUUUCAUGUUGUCUUAUUCAAAUAGAAAUAACACAUGCAUAGGUAACAAGAGGAUAUAUAUUUCGUAAACAUCCGGUUGAACUUACUAUGUUUUGAAUACGUUCAACUUUUUUUGCUCAAAUUUUGAGACAAAUCGGGUGGUUUUUUUCUAAUAGUUAGGUCGAGUAAAUUUUUCCCCAGUAACCAGGGCAAGCACUUGAAAUUUCAAUUUUCAAUGUGUUUAAUUUGUGUUGGUAAUCAAUCUCGUUCACGGUGAAGGCGAACAUCGUUAGGGAAACUGCGUGUUUCGGAUGAAAAUCUGAGACUUCAACUCGCAUUAGAAUAAGCUUAAAAUAUUCUCAAGUUGAUGAGGGCUUAACCCAGCAAUUAAUAUACAAUGCGUUACUUAUUAUUAUUCUUUACAUAAAAACAAGAUAUAUUCGCAAUUAUUUCGUCUUGUUCAUUAAAUAUUUUUUUAACGAGAAGGUAUAUUGUAUUAAUACGUUUUCCCUUGAUUAUAUAUCACAGCGCUAUUUGAAUGGGCCAACAUGUAAUGGAGACCUAGUCCCGUCGCGUGUCGCAUUUCAUCGUAGCUUAAGUGAAUACAGUUCUAUUGUCGAACGAAUUUUGUACAUUCCAGGGUUUUCAAGGACAUUGGGCCUUCGCGUCGAUUGUGUUCUGUAAAAAUUGUACAAGAAAUAAAAAAAAAUAUAUAUCUAAAAAUUUAAAUAUAGAAUACAAUCUUACGGGGUCCUAUUUAGCACAAAUAUUUUUUUUUUCCUUUAUAAUAUUCGUAUUAUCAUUAUGUUUCGGACUCAAUCUAUAUAGACUAUGACGACUGAGAAAUUAUUUUGUAUAUUUGUAAUAUUAUAUUAUACAAAUUAAGACAUUACAAUUCAAUAAUAUAUUACUUUGUAUGUGAGCCGUUUUAGGAGACGGAGACUCGAGAAUUAUAUACGUAGAGGCUAUGAGAUGGGUUAUACAGAUUAAUGAGUCAUAUUAUAGAAUAAGGGGGGAGGAAUUACAAAGAUAUAGUACAUGCGACAUUGUCGAAGCGAUUAUUCAAUACAAUACGCCAAUUGUUGAUCACGUGAUAAGUUUAAUACAUAUGUAAUUUGCUUAAGUUUUGGUCUUUUACAAUAGAACAAAAAUAAAUUGACAAUCGCCGUAUGAAGAUCGCGAAGGCCUAUCGCCUAUAAGCAAGUGUGCGAUUAUGGUGCUAGUUUUGCUGAACACGAUCUCUAAGCUAUAUUUGUUUGUCAGGAUUGAAAUAUUUGCUGUCUUUUUUUAAUUUCAAACAUGAAAAAGAGAUAGAUAUAUUUUUUCUUCUGUCAAUAAUACUUUAUGGAUUGUAUACAACAGGAUCGACCAAUCGAUAUGUUGUACAAUGAAACUAAGAUUAUCGAAAUUUUUGGUUUCAUAUAAGAAAGCUUAACUAGAUCAAUUUGAAUAUCGAAUUUUCAAGAAUUUCGUUGUACAAAAAAAUUUAAGAGUUCUAAAUUUAAAGUGAACAAAGCCAACAAAAUUUAAUUAAAAAUAUAAAUAAAUUUUAAAGAAACGGCUCAUGUAUAUAAGUAUUUAGUGUAUAAAAGAGUGAGUGAGAUAACAGUAAAUAAUUUUAAUCGUUAGUAUACGACUGUGGCCCAUCCCUAACGUUGGUACAAAUACUCAAUAGAUAUUACCGUGUAGGAAUGCGUUAAGCAGCUAUAGAAUAUGACGUUAAAAUAAAUCUGUCCAAAAUAUUUUAAAAACGACAUUCUUUUUUUUGCUUUGGCUCUUUGUUUUGUUUCGUUUGCGUUUCGUUCGAAAUACGGUUCUUCCCCUUGAAACACGGUUCUUCAAUAUCGGUUCAUUCGCUAUAAGGAAAUUUAGGAGACAAUUAUUUGAUGGGGCUUACGUUUGCUAGUGAAAUUAUAUUGAUGAGUUGAAAAAACGUUCUAUGUAGGUAAAAAAAAUAUAACAUUUGUUUUGUAAAAAAAAAAAAAACAAAUAAAUUUUAUAUAUUAAAAAGGACCUACAGUUUGAAUACCUACAAAGAACUAUCAUUUCGAUAAUAUCGUAUCAAUCUGUACAUACAGAGUGAUCUACUUAUAUUAGGAUAGCAUAAAAAAAAAUUUCAUCAGUUUUAUAGUGAAAUUGAACUCACAAAUUUCUAUAAAUCAUUUUGAAUCAGAAUUAAAAUAUAUAUAUUAAUGUAUAAAUAUAUUCGUAAUCGUUGAUAAGAUUUUUUCAUAUUUUCUAACUACUCGUAAAUCAAUGUUAGUUCGUAUGUACAUAUUAUGUACGUUUGUAGUAUGAGAGAGUGUAUUAGACGUUCAUAAGUCUAUUAUUUUGUGUAUUAAAAACUAUAUAGCUAUCCAAUAGUUGAUAUAAAUAUAUAAUAUUUUUGUGAAAAAUCCUUUGGAAACUAUCUAAUAACAUUUGGCGCGUAAUUUUUAUGUUAUAAAUUAAAUGUCACAAAG